CGUCCAAAUCCAAUUUGACGAAAAAAGGCCAAGGCGCGUACAUCAAAUUUUUGCUCUUGGGGGUCGUUUCCACUUUGACUGUAUCCGUAAUGAAACGUUCUCAUACCGGUGAUACCAUCGACAGUCGUCAUGUGAAAGCUAGAGCAAGCUAUGACAGUCCUAUGGAGGUCUCCAGCAACACCGCUUCACCGGCAUGGUCGUCCGUAUCCGCUUCACCAGCCCAUCGAUACCCUCCUCGAAAUUCUCGCCCCUUUUUCGGGUGCUCUCGAAUUACUGAUUAUGAAUUCGAAGACAAGCUAGGCGAAGGAACUUUUGGUGAGGUGCACAAAGCGAGAAAUCGUCAUACAGGUCAAUUGGUGGCUCUAAAAAGGAUCCUCAUGCACAACGAGAAAGACGGGAUUCCCAUUACGGCAAUACGUGAGAUCAAGAUCUUGAAGCAAUUACGACAUAAAAACAUCGUUCCAUUAACGGACAUUGCGGUGGAGCGAGGCGAUUCAGCGAGGAAAGAACGAGGUAGCAUUUAUAUGGUGUUUCCCUAUAUGGAUCACGAUCUGGCAGGCUUGCUCGACAAUCCCUCUGUUCGUCUUUCCACAUCCCAGAUAAAGACGUAUUUGAAGCAGCUGUUGGAGGGCACAGCGUAUUUGCAUCAUAAUCGAAUUUUGCAUCGCGAUAUGAAGGCUGCCAAUCUCUUGAUCAACAACGAAGGUAUCCUCCAAAUUGCGGAUUUUGGUUUAGCAAGAGGCAUGGAGGAUGAGAAUCGUGAAUAUACAAACUGCGUUGUGACUCGAUGGUACCGUCCUCCGGAGCUCUUCUUGGGUGAACGAAGAUACACAAGUGCGAUUGAUAUGUGGGGCGUAGGGUGUGUCUUCGGAGAACUCUUGAAACUACGUCCGAUUCUUCAAGGACAGGACGAUAUGGAUCAGUUGAAACGGAUAUUCCAUCUCUGCGGAUCACCGACACAGAAAUCCAUGCCGGGUUGGGAUAAACUGCGUGAUGCACAUAAAGUAAAAUUUGAGCCUUCUCCCAGGCGAGUGAAAGACGAAUUCGCAAAGUUUGACACACAUGCCGCCGAUCUCAUGGAUAAACUUUUGGUCCUGGAUCCUCAUAAACGCUUGACAGCUUUGGAAGCUCUGGAGCAUGAUUACUUUUAUUCCAAACCAUUACCGGCCGAUCCAGCAGAUUUACCUAAAUAUGAUGCCUCCCAUGAGUAUGAUCGUCGACGAAACAAGCAACACGACCAUCACAGCUCGCGCUUCAAAUCGAACAAAAUGCCUUCUAGAGCCUAAGUGUCCUCAUUACAAUCCGCACUCACGUUCCCCUUUCACAUAUGUACACACAUAUACAUAUAUGCCGCAACCUUGUUUUUGUUUGUUUCUGUCGAUAUGAUCUCAGCCAUUAUUGCGACGAGACAAGCCAUCCGCCUCCUUCAAGUGAUACGUGGAUUUUUGACAGAUAAAAAGCUAUGUACUAACGUUUAAUGCCAUUUUUUUUAUCAUCCGUAGAACAUUCUAUUUUUACAAAAUGCAUGUGUUAUCAAUUAUUUUCUGAAUACAAAC